AUGACACACGCACACAAAGACCCUCAGGCCCUGCCCCGCGCUCACGUUCACGCUCGCCCUCCUCUCGCAGGCCCAGGCCGCCCCCCCUCCCCCAUUGUCUCCGGCUCAGAACAAAGCCCCCGGCUCCACGACCGCCGCCGCCGCCCGGGAGAGCCCUGGGGGCCGGGCGGGCGCGGCCGGACGGGCCGGGUGGCCGCGGGCACUGACCUCGGCGCGGCGCGGGCUCCCUCGCCCGGUCUUGGGGCGCCGUCCGGCCGCGGUCAGCCCCCCGGGCAGCGCCCACCCGCACGGGGCCUGGGGCCGCGCAUCGUCCGCCGCCGCUGUCUCCCGACCCGCGAUCAGUUCCGGGCAGCCGGCCGUCGGUCCGCGCGGCCCUGGCCGUCGGUCGAUCUGUCCGUCGCCGCCACCGCCGGGGCGCCGCCUCCUGCACAGCGGCCCCGCAGAGGAUGCGAGCUUCGCCGCCGCGGCCCCGCGCCCCCUCCCCUCCUCUCCCCUCCCCUCCCCCGCCCUCCGCGCGGUAACCCGAGCCCCCGCCCCUCCGUCCGCGGAACCCCCGCCCCCACCCGCUCUCGGUGCCGCGGCCCCCCCAGCGCCCGCCAGGCCUCCUCCGCCCCUCGACUUCCCGGCCUCAGUCCGCGGCACCGGAUCCUGCCCCAGCGCCGCGCAGUCCCCACGUCCCCGUUCUCUUCCUUUCUCCGGGUCACUGCGUCCCGUCCCCUCCUCCCAUCCCGUUCUCUCUGUCCUCUCUCCUCGUCCCCUUCUCCCUCUCGUCCUCCCCUUCCAUCUUCUUUCCCACUCCCCAUUUCCCCUUAG